ACGGUUUGAGGGGGAGGAUUGGGAAGGUGGUUUCUUCAGCAAGAUGGCGGCGAGCGGUCUUCACCGGGUUGCGGCUGCGGCCAGCACCUCCGUGAAGCCCAUUUUCAGUCGAGACAUGAACGAGGCCAAGCGAAGGGUGCGCGAGCUCUACCGCGCCUGGUACCGUGAGGUGCCAAACACUGUGCACUUAUUCCAGCUAGACAUCACUGUGAAACAGGGACGGGAUAAAGUCCGAGAAAUGUUUAUGAAGAAUGCCCAUGUCACAGACCCCAGGGUAGUUGAUCUUCUGGUCAUUAAGGGAAAGAUGGAACUGGAGGAAACGAUUAAAGUAUGGAAACAGCAGACGCAUGUUAUGCGGUUCUUCCAUGAAACAGAAGUGCCAAGGCCAAAGGAUUUUCUGUCCAAGUUCUAUGUUGGCCAUGACCCAUGAAGUCACUAAGUGGAAAAGUGCAUGUUGGUAUUUAUUUUAGAGUACAAAUAAACUCAUUAUAUGAUGGUCA